AUGGCGCCACCUGCUCAAGGCCUUGCCGUAUAUAAGAAAAAAGAUGGAACCUUAAGUAUAUCCCAAGACGGAAAGUCCAUUCACUGGGUACCUCUGAGGCCCGAUGGAGGAGCUGUCGUGAAUAUUGCUGUAGCGGAAAUUACCAAUCUGCAGCAAACGCCAGAGACCGCUGCAAAGGUAAUGCUGAAAAUAUUUGAGAAGUCAGCAAAUGCCCCGGAAUCAGUGACUCAUCUUUUCCAUUUUAACUCCCCUGCAAAUCCACGUGGGGAAGCGAAUGCCGUCAAAGAUGCCCUGACAAUUUUGAUCAGCGCAUUGAAAGCCGCUGAUGCAAAUGUGCCCAAAGCCAAUGGUUCGGGGCCCGCUUUGGAGUCUGCUUCGGCAGCUAUGGCAAUGGCCAGCGCUGUAACGUCGAAGUCUAAUUCUGGAAAUGCUAGAUUUUAUGAUGAUGCUCAUUUGAAAACGGACAUUGAGCUGCAACAAUCUCUCAUGAAGAAGGAUCCAGCAUUGCAGCGAACUUAUAUGGAAUCAAGGCGGACCAAACCAGACACGAUAUCAGACUCCCAAUUUAAUUCUCAGUUCUGGUCUGCGCGAACGAAUCUGUUGCGAGCUCAUGCUGUUGAAUCGAGCCAAAAGAGGGGUGCUUACAAUGUCCUUUCUACCGUGAAACCACGCCAAGUCGAUGGAGAGUUGAAGAUGAAUAUCAGUGCGGAGCAAGUACAACUAAUCUUCAGCCAACAUCCACUGGUUAAGAAGAUCUACGAUGAAAACGUUCCUAAACUCAAUGAGAUGGACUUUUGGUCAAGAUUUUUCCUUAGUCGCCUAUUCAAAAAACUCAAGGGAGAGCGCAUCAGUGAACAUAACAGUCUUGACCCAACUUUUGAUAGGUACUUAAAUACCAAUAUCGAUGAUGGACUCGACCAAAGGUUGCUCUCAACUCAUAUUCCUCAUAUUAUCGAUCUUGGGGGCAAUGAACAGAAUCAAGGGGGUAUAAAAGCAGGCAAUCGAAAAGACUUCACCAUGCGUCCGGAAGCGACAGGCAAAGUACCAAUCGUUCGAACCUUGAAUAGCUUGAGCGAGAAAAUCAUGGCCCAUGUUGCUCCAUCUGACAUAGACCCUGCAGACCCUAUUGGCAUGGAUGAAGAAACUUUCAAUUCUUUAGCAUUGAGGGAUCUCCAAGGCGACGCAGAAGAGAAUCGGAUUAUGCUCAAUAUCAAAGAACAGAGCCAAUUCCUAUCUAGUGAAAAGUCUGCUAUAUCCGAAGAAGCCGCGCUUUAUGCAAAGCAAAUACCCUCUGAUGUCUUGCUCGGGCUACAAUCUGAUCUCGAUCCCACAUUGAUGAAUACUGACUCCGCUGGUGGCUUAGACCUGCGAACAGCUAUUGGGGUAAAUGAAGAAAGCGAUAGCGAGGAGGAGGAAGAACAAAAGACUCCCCACGUCGGAAGUAAAAGUAGCCUUAUCGAUGCCCAAAUACAAAUCUUUGAAGGAAUUGUAGCACGGCGGACAGAGAUGGAUGGAUCUAAUACCACAUCUGCGCUAGCAGGUCUAUCGCAGAAGCUUUUUGAUAGAUUGGCGCUGACGCAUGCUACCACCGUUGAGUUCCUUCAUCAUUUCUGGCUUAUCUUUCUCUCGGGAGAUCCUGAUCGAGCAGGUGAGCUUGCAAAAAUGGUCGAAACACUUGACAGAGCCAUGGAUCGGAUCAAUGCCGUCGCAGCUGAUGCUGAGCGUGAAAGAGUUGAAAUUAUCGAGAGGCAGAAGGCGCAUUUGAGAGAUGUUUGGGAGAAGACCGGAAAGAAAAUCAAGUGGAAUCCUGAAUCAGUUGGUGGAGGCUCAAAAGUAGUCGGAGAAAUGAUGCAACCUACCAUCAAAACUUUAGAGAAGGCAUCAAGGGAGUAUCGAAAGGCCCUGGCGGCCGAAGGUGCUGACGUAUCUUAA